UUCUCCACUGUCUCUGCGUGGCUACCUUCAGCUCUCCGCCGUUCUCCUCCGGCGGCUGACCUGCGCGGCGAAGACCCUAUCCGGAGAAGCCCCAACCGGAGCGUUCUCACGUUAUCCGUAGUUAGCGGCGUCAUCUUCUCCAUUUCGAUCAUUGAUCAUACAUAUACGGCUUCUUCCUGCAUAAAAGAUUUCAAAGAUCCGUGGCUGAUUUGGCUCCCUCAAAGCAGGAAAAAAAAAAAUGCCUCUUUACGAUUGCAUGCUUCUAUUUAAGCCUCAUUUAAAGAAGGAACCUAUCAUGGAUUUGGUUGCUAGGGUGGGAAAACAUGUUUAUAGAAGAAAUGGAGUUCUCACUGAUAUAAAGUCUUUUGGAACAGUUCAGUUGGGCUAUGGUAUUAAAAAGCUAGAUGGCAGAUAUUAUCAGGGUCAAAUGAUGCAAAUGACUAUGAUGGCUACACCCAGCAUCAAUAAGGAGCUGCAUUACUUAAGCAAAGAAGACCGACUACUUCGCUGGCUACUGGUUAAACAUCGCAACACGCAAUAUGGGAUUGACUUCUUAAAUGAGGAGCAAACUCAACUUGAGCUCAGCCAGUGGCCUCGGAGCCGUAUAUAUGAUGAAGAUGUUCACCAUGAAGAAUACGAUGAGGAUGAGGAUGAUGAAUAUGGAGUGGAGGAGGAAGAGAAAAAGUUGGAUUAAAGUCUAAUGGGGUAUUUCUUUAUGGUUUCCUUUAUGAGAGGAUCAAGGCAUUGGGUUUUGUAUUGUAGUGCUAGACACGUGUUUGAUAGCGUGAGGCUACUAUUAUUAGGCAUGAUCAGUGAGUAUGAUGUUAUAUCAUUAAACUCGUGUGCUCUCAGUAGGUUGUCAAUAAAAAGAGCCUCGCAUGGAAACGAAGGAGGAUUUUUUUUUUUUUACUGUUUUUUUUUAAAUUUAUAGAAGUGAAUGACAUUUCCUAGGAACGUAGGAGAUUUUAAUUUUAUUUUUUGCCUGUCUUUUUAA